UGUAGGCAGUGCUUACAGCAGUUCGAGCUAACCAGGUAGCCCAGGCUUUGAUGCAGAGACUCACAGUCUUCAGAAGGAAAUUUCGCAGCACUGAGCUGCAUCACAGCUCAAGGUUUCCCAUCAUAUUCUCUGAAUAGGACUCACUGGAGCGGCAUUGCAUGCACAUUCUGCCUUACCUGCCGCUACUUUCUCAUUGUGCCCCAUUUAAAUUAUGAAAGUUUGAGUCUUUACAGAUAAUCGAGUUCUGCCUGUCUUCAGUUAAAUAUGCCGAAUGCUGGGAAGAGGAAAAUUACUCAGAAACUCAAGAAGACCCUUCCAGUGAAAGGUCCUCAAGCACCUACACUCUAUGAGUUGAUGCAAUGGUACUGCUUGACCACUAACACCCAUGGUUGCAGGAGGAUUGUGGUGUCCAAAGGUCGUCUUCGUAAAUGGAUAUGGAUUGUGCUGACUCUGAUUGCGGUGGCCCUGAUCUUCUGGCAGUGCGCCCUACUUCUUAUGUCCUACUACAGUGUGACCACCUCUAUCACAGUGACCUUCAAGAAGCUGGAUUUUCCUGCAGUGACAAUCUGUAACAUGAACCCUUACAGAUACAGCGUCAUGAAGAAAUAUUUGGCCCCUCUGGAUGCCGACACAGUCGAGGUGUUGAAAAAUAUUUAUGGAUAUCCUCCAACGUCACAACGUCGGAAACGGGAUGCAGAUACAGCUGAGAGUGUAUCAGCAAGCUAUGAAUAUAUAAAUAAAAUACCGCUGGUUAAACUAGAGGGCGUUGUUGAUGGCCAGUUGACCAUACAAGAGAUUCCAAGCGGGAAGAGGAGCAAGAUUAGUUCGCGGCUCGUGCGCAGGAAUGCUGAUAAAGCUGUUGAUGAAAAUACGGUGGGCUACAAGUUGUGCGACCCCCACAAUGCAACAGAUUGCACGGUUUUCACCUUUAGCUCGGGUGUCAACGCAAUCCAGGAGUGGUAUCGUUUGCACUACAUGAACAUCCUGGCUGAAAUUCCCAUGGAAACAAAAAUUGCUCUGGGAUAUUCUGCCGAUGAUCUCCUGGUCACAUGCUUUUUCAAUGGACAGGCCUGCGAUUCAAGAAACUUUACUCUCUUCCAUCACCCUCUGUAUGGAAAUUGUUACACAUUCAACAGCGGAAAUCAGCAAGAAUUAUUGGUGUCUUCCAUGGGCGGCAUGGAAUAUGGACUGAAAGUUGUCUUACAUAUCGAAGAGCAGGAGUACAAUCCUUACUUAGUCACAGGUGCAGGAGCCAAAAUAUUAGUACAUGACCAAAAUGAAUACCCUUUUAUUGAGGAUUCGGGGACUGAACUGGAAACAUCUUUUGAGACAUCCAUCGGAAUGCAGCUGACAGUUUCUUCAAAGCUAAGUGAUCCAUACAGUGAUUGCACUAUGGACGGAAGUGAUAUACCUAUCCGAAAUCUCUACAAAAAAGAGUAUAACCUCCAGACCUGCCUGCACUCCUGUUUUCAGCUACAUAUGGUGAGCACGUGUGGCUGUGCACAUUACGGAGACCCUUUGCCAGAUAACGCAAAGUACUGCAACUCCAAGGAGCACCCCAGCUGGAUUUACUGCUACUUUCAGCUUUAUCAGCAGUUUGUACAGGAGCAGUUGGAAUGUCAGAGCACAUGUCGCGAAUCCUGCAACUCUAAAGAAUGGGAAUUAACAAGGAGUGUAGCAAUGUGGCCAUCAGUUAAAUCCACGGACUGGAUGCUUCGUGUUUUGUCUUGGGAACUCGGAAACAAGAUAGAAAGCAGUCUUAAGGAGAAUGAUCUGGCAAACCUUGAUAUUUUCUAUCACGACUUGAAUGUUAGAUCCAUAUCUGAAAACCCAGCUAAUAGUAUUGUCACCUUGCUGUCUAAUUUUGGGGGGCAGCUGGGUUUAUGGAUGAGCUGCUCCAUGGUUUGUGUUCUUGAGAUUGUGGAGAUUUUUCUUAUCGACUCCUUUUGGGUUGUUCUUCGUCAGCGCUGGCAGAAGUUUAUCAAGUCAUGGAGAGAACAAAGGGGAAGUCCACCUGAGCAUAACCAUAAUAUUCCAGUCCCUGCCAUGACAGGGCAUGACAAUCUUGGCUGCUUAGGAGAUGAUGAUCCACCUACAUUUAAUACGGCUCUCAAAUUACCUUCAGCCACAAGCUGUGAAAUGCCACAGACUCCACCACCAAGAUACAACACAUUACGUAUUCAAGCAUCCUUCCACCAAGAACAAACUAAUUUAGAAGACAUUAUAGAACAUCUAUAAUGGAAUCAUUCUCCAUAUGUUCACUUAGGUAAUAUGAAGAGUAGCUACAGUUCAAAAAGACUUAUUUGUCUUUUGACGGGGUCAGAACUUCAUUUUGCAGACUUUUAUAAUUAUAAAUUGGUGCUCAUAAAUGCACAAAGUGAUAAACAAGAGCGUUUUUUGCACUUACAAAUGUUGUGAAGGCUCUGUAUGGAAUACCAAUUGUUGUAUCAGCGUCAGAACUUGUGAAAGGUCUCUAUACACUUAUGGGAUAUCUUAACUCAUUCACAAUGUGCCAUGGCCACACAGAGUGGAUUGUUUUAAAGCCACUAUUUCUUAUUUAUCGAAGGUGGGGUGGCCUGACGUGGUGGGCUGUAGUAUAGAGUGAAAGGUUUUGUACACUACGUAUAAUGGCUGUGAUUUGAUUUCAACAAGGAUGUGCGUGAGGAGUGACAUGGUGCCCUGCCUUGAGUCCUGCAAAGUUUUCAACCAGCAUUGAGAAUUGUAGCAUGUAGUAUAAUCACUCAAACACUACUACUUGUGUGUUGGAUUUGAAAUUUUGGUUUUUGGUUUU